ACCCGAAGGGCCGUGGACUUUUUAAUCUCUAUCUGAGUUCUGAAGAGAAACAAGAAGUUUGUUAUAAAGCGGAAGAGUUCUCGAUUUUUAGUUUAUUUUCUUUAGUAUUUGCUUGCAUAGCUGCUUUUACUGGAUUGACUGAACCUGUUGUGGAGUAUCGGGGCAGCCUUCGCUCAUCAUGGCUCACUUUGGUUUUGAGAAUGACGUUCAGAACCUCCUGAAGCUGGACAUGCCCCUCACCAACGCCCCGAUGGCCAGGUGGCAGAGGAAAGCCAACACGUCCACCUUGUCCAGCUCGAACCCCCUGUCCCCGAACAAGAGCACCAACCGGUCUCAGAGCAUGUCCAAAACCCCGAACAAAACUCCGGGAAAGAAUGGCAAGAACCAAAUCACGCCCUCCAAGGCCGGAGGAGACCGAUUCAUCCCUGUGAGAAAUGCCAAGCAGAUGGAAGUGGCGAGUUACCUCAUCUCAAAGGAGAAUGAAGCGGAGGAACCCGUAUCUGUGACCACACAAUCCAGUCAGAAGGCCUGGUCUGUGACACUGAACGGAUGCGAUCUCGAAGAGGCCAAAAUCCUGCAUCUGGGAGGAAAACCACUUAACGCCCCUGAAGGCUACCAGAACAACUUGAAGGUCCUGUACAGCCAAGUUCACACACCCAUGUCUCUGAAAAAGAACCGCUACAUAUCUUCAGUUCCAGACAGGGUUCUGGAUGCCCCUGAGCUCCGGAACGACUUCUAUCUGAACGUGAUGGACUGGGGCAAGCUGAACGUUCUGGCCGUAGCUCUUUCGGAGCACGUGUACCUGUGGGAUGCUGCGCUGGGGCAGAUCGUGCUGCUGAAAAAGAUGGAGGAGGAGAAUGGCUACAUCUCCUCCCUCUCCUGGAGCAAAGACGGAAACUUCCUGGCCAUUGGGACGAGCGACUGCAAAGUGGAGCUGUGGGACGUUCAGUGUCAGAAGCGUCUGCGCAGUAUGGACGGUCAUAGUGCCAGAGUCAGCUGCUUGAGCUGGAACGAACACAUCCUGGCCAGUGGUUCCAGAUCUGGUUUGAUUCACCAGCAUGACGUCCGUGUAGCAGAUCAUCACCUGUCCACAAUGAGGGGUCACGUUCAGGAGGUGUGCGGUCUCUCCUGGUCUCCAGAUGGCCGCUAUUUAGCCAGCGGUGGAAACGACAACAUGGUGCACGUCUGGAGCCCCAGAUCUCCGGCGCCGAUGCACAUGUUCACUGAACACCAAGGAGCCGUGAAGGCACUGGCAUGGUGUCCAUGGCAACCGAGCAUCCUGGCAUCAGGAGGAGGAACCAGCGACCGACACAUUCGCAUCUGGAACGUCAACAGCGGCUCGUGCGUCACUUCCUGGAACACUCAGUCUCAGGUCACAUCUCUCGUGUUUGCACCGAACUACAAGGAGCUCGUAUCCGGUCACGGUUUCUCACACAACAAGAUCUUCAUCUGGAAAUAUCCCGCGCUCACUAAAGUGGCCGAGCUCGAAGGCCACGAAGGUCGCAUCCUGAACAUGGCCCUCAGUCCCGACAGCUCCGUCCUGGCCUCCAUCAGUGCCGACGAAACCAUCCGACUCUGGAAGUCCUUUGAGAAAGAUCCCACCAAAAAAGCCAAGCCUGCGAGCAGCAGCAUCCAGCAGCUGAUCCGCUGAGCGGCGUUUUAAUCGUGUUUAUAUCGAGUUAAGUUAUGUAUGAAUGAGUUCUUGUAAAUUUCGAAUAAAGGUUUUGUGUGGGGUUUUUCAUUCGCUUUGAAACUCUUCCUCCUUGAUCACAGGGUUUGUUUUUAUUUGGGAUCGUCCGUCUCGAACAUGCGCUCACUGCUGUUUUAGAAAUGAAGUGAGACUCUGCCUGAUGUGGGAACAAGAAGUUUUUAAUAUUCAGUAAAGUUUUUUUUUUUUUUUUUUGUAUAAUUGUUAUUCUUGAAUUCUUGAGAUGAUAUUUUAUGGAAGGAGUCUCCAGUGUUGAGUCUUCUGCAGGUUCUCAGCACAUCACCAGACUUAGUGCAGCUUUUAAUUUUAUUAACAUGAGCUAAUAGAGGCUGGUGAGGGAACGACUGUUUUAUAGUGGUUAUGAUGGCCAUGACGACAAACUUUUUCUUCCACACCAUUAAACGUAACCCUCACUGUAUAAAUGAUGUAUAAGUGUCACAUUGCUGUUGAAUGUGAGGAAUAAAACAUGCUGUUAAAGGAAAAUGACC